GGCUGAAAACUGUCUGAACUGUCUGACUCCAUUUUAAUUGACUGUUUCUGUGAGAGACGUUAAACCUUCAGCAUGGCAUCUGAAGAGCUUGCUAAGAAGUUGCAGUCGCGACUGGCUGCUGCGGAAGAGGCCGAGGAGAGGCCCGAGACCGAACAGAGUCCGGUUCCGGUCCAAUCCGAGGAACCCGAACAUGGCUGUGGAGAUACACCGUCCGAGCUGGCGACGAAACUGAACCGCAGGCUGGACAUUAACGACGGAAAUGCUCCUUCUCGGGCGAGUCGUGUUUUUAACCCUUACACUGAGUUUAAAGAGUUUUCUCGCAAGCAAAUUAAAGACAUGGAGGCGAUGUUUAAACGGUUUGACACGGGAAAAGAUGGCUUCAUCGACCUGAUGGAGCUGAAGAUACUGAUGGAGAAGUUGGGAGCUCCGCAGACUCAUUUGGGCCUGAAGAACAUGAUCAAGGAAGUGGAUGAAGAUUUUGACGGCAAAUUGAGCUUCAGAGAGUUCUUGCUGAUCUUCCGUAGAGCUGCAGCCGGAGAGCUGCAGGAGGAGAGCGGCUUGAUGGCUCUGGCCAGGCUGUCUGAGAUCAAUGUCUCCACUGAAGGGGUCAUGGGGGCCAAAGACUUCUUUGAGGCCAAGGUUCAGGCUCUGUCCCAGAGCAGCAAGUUUGAAGCAGAGAUUCGAGAAGAAAAAGAAGAACGCAAGAAGCAGGAGGUGGAGAAGAAGGAGCGGCAAGCUGCCUUCAAGCAGCUGCAGUCUGCCUUCUACUCAUGACCGCCGCGGCUUGACCUCAAGCAAAUCCAUUUUGAAAUUUAAAACGAGCUCACCACUACACUCACACUGUAAGAAGCAACAUAACUCAGAACAAUAAGGUUUAAAAUCCGAAAGGAAAGUUGAAUAAACGCAUUUCACGCUAACAUAUUUGAAACUAAAUUUCCUGUGAAAUCACAGGCCACUCUUACAUAGUUUCUGCAGGUAUUCAACAAAACCAUAGCUUCGGAUGCGUACGAUGAUUCCUGAUAUCUUUUAAGCUUCUGUAAAUCUGAAUGGCUAACGCUGCGUUUCUGUGAAUUUGUUGGAAGAUUUCACCCUGAGGGAACUCUGAAUUAUUUUUAUUCAUUCUUUCUACACUGUGCUGCUUGUGAAAUAUGUUUAACAUUCCAGUUUUUUCAGGGUUUGUUUCACCUGAUGUUGUUUACCCUAAACACGUUCCUAAUUUUAGUGUGAAUUUCUCUACCUUAACAUUUCCUACAAAAAAAAAGAAGAGUGUUAAAAGUAAGUUAACGAAGCACUAACACCACAUUGAGAGUGUAUGUUUUUGAACAAACCACUCCUGCGUUUGUUGGCUUCCAGUAUUUCUCUGAGAGAAUUAACAAAAUGCGUUUGGCAAUGAUUUGGCGAUAUAAAAAAUCUCCCAUCUUUUUACUGUGAGGGAUUUUCUUUGCAUUCAUUGGAACUGAUUUCACCUGUCAGAACAUCACAGGUGUUGAUGACGCUACGCUACUUUUACUAAAAGUGAUGUUUAAUUCCACAGAAGGUGUUUGAAACUUUGACCUCCUUUAUCGCAGAGUUUGCUUGAAAUGACUAAAUCCUAGCACAAAGUUUAUCAUUCAGGCUCUAAGACUUGUGGUUUGUAUCCCACAUAGUGGAUUCCCUCAACACACAUCUCAUGCAUUUUGUGCACAUAAAGCAAUGUGAACAUUGGACUGCAUUUUCGGACAUUAUUUCAGUUAUACUGAGGAGCUAACCCAGGGUUAAGCUGUGUCCCUGCUGUGCUAAACAGGUACAGAAUUACAGGGUCUGUUAGUUUUAGGCUUGAUGUGAAUCAACCUGUGUAUCCUUACAAUUUGAAAACACGUAUUUCUAUUUUUUGGGUAUGUAUGAACGAGGCUGUGACUAUAGGCAUGAAUGUCAUGCGAUAUUCGGAGUCGUCAUCACCUGAUGACGUAAAAGAUUAAAGACGUAAAUAAGUUCUGAGAAGCAGUCUGUCACAGUGGACUAGUGAUCACAGGUUUCAUUUUUAAAAGCACAUUCAGCAUUUGUUGCACAAUUUAGAAAAUGCUUGGUGGAACUAAAAGUAAUUGUUGGGGUUGGAGUAAUCUUCGGACUCACCCAGUCUAGAUCUGGUUGGAAGUCCGGCUCACUGGUGUACCGCUGCAAUGAAAAGCUAGAUUUCUGCAUGAUUUGUUUUCAGCCAAUAGGAAGGGGUCUUUGGCCUUUUGUCACAGUCGAUGCUUCACAUUAUAGAUGAUUGAUGAAUUCUAUUUCGUCAAUAGAAUUGAGCUAGCAGAAAGCAUGACCUUCCUGAAGUGGGAUGCAGCUGUUAUUACCUGUGUAUUUGUUGCCAUGACGUCACAAUCUGCUGAAAAUAAAUUCCAUUUCAAUUCCACAGACAAGAGCUGCGAGGUUCUAGUAUUAACUGUAGUGUGUCCAUAGCAACGUGUAACAAUUCCAAACUGAUACAAUGUUUAAUGUAACUUUUCCAGUACUCAUUGUGUAAAGGUGUUUCUUUUUUUUAAGGUUAAAAUCUUCUUCUUUGUUUGAUUUAUCAGAGUUAUAUGAUGCCAAAUAAUAAAGUGGUAAGUGAAAUAUAUUUUUAGGCAAUUGUAAAGAAUAUGUUCUACCCUGUGUGGAAUGAAACAUUUUAACUUUAAUAAAGGAAACUUUAAAUCGUUA